ACACGAUUCCCCCAAUUAGAACAGACGACGCGACCCCUCUCCAUCUCGAAAUCCUCCUCCCGUCGCCGCCGCAACACUUGGAAAGCCGGCGAGUGCAGCGGGAGCAAAGCCACGCGGGGAGGGGAGGUCCGGGCAUGGCGAGCGGGGAUUUGCUGCGGAGGGAGGAGGAGUUCUACGCCUCCCUGUUCGACUCGGCCAGAGACGAUGAUGUCGUCAGGUCGCGUGGGCAGAUGAUUGAGAGGAGGAUUGAAGUUCUUGAGGACAUGGCCACCAGGGUUAGUAACCGGAGAUCUCGUAGGUGGUUGAAUGAUCGCUUGCUCAUUGAACUUGUCCCUCGUCUUCAUGUUGAAGAAAUCAAAGGCCUCUUUGCUCCUCCGCCAUGGGGUGAGGAACUGCCUGUUUCUGCAUUUUGCAGGACAAGUGUUGGUGAAUGGGAUGCCUUCAGGAGUAUUGACAUGGAUGUUGAGGCACGAUUGAUGCAACAGAUGAAACAAUCUUCUACAAAACAGAAGAAUCAUGUGGACAGAGAUGAAUUGAUUGCUCUCAAUGCUUGGCACCGUAUAGAUCGCCAAACAAGAGAAGCCAUAAAGAGACAUUUCCUCCCAGAUCUUCUUGAAAUAUAUGAAGGACGAAUUAGGGCCUUCAUUGAAGAUACUAGUGGCAAAGAUGUGCUUGUACUGGAUGUCCAGGAUCCAUUUCAGAGGUUGCUUCUGCAUGGUGUAUGCGAGUUCUAUAAUGUAUCAUCUACAACAACAACUACGAUGAGAGAGGGAAAGCUGUGGAAGACAACAACAAUCAAGAAGAGAUCGAGCACUGGGGCUCCUUCGAGGAUCACUUUAGUUAGCUUCCUAAGGAUGAAGAAGAACGGAUCCCAGUAACGUGUGGUUGAUGGAGGACCAGAAACCAGAACUGAUUGGAUGCUUACUGCCUUACCGUGUAUUGGCACAGGCGAUCCUAAGACGGCAAAACAUACUGGUUUAGGUUCUAUUUACGACGCAUACUUGUAAAUUAUCAUCUAUGUUUUCAUUCGAAAACAUUUUUAACAUAUUUGAAUGCAAAGUGGAUUGAUCACAGGUUCUGACUUCCAAA